AUCAGGACUUUUAUUUCUUUAUUAUCCAUUUGUUGUGGUGUCAUUCAGUGUGUUUCAUCCAUGGACGGAGACUCGAAUGAAGUGUUUCCCGCUGAAGAUCAUUUAUUUAAAGACAGUUUCUCUGCAGAUAAAACAUUUACAUUUUUCGGUCAGAAAUGUAUAAUUAAUGAGGUUUUCGGUGGGAAUUUGGGAGUCGCAGCGUCAGUGUGGGACGCAGGGAUUGAGAUGUGUCAGUUUUUGGAGCGGGAGUGUGUGGAAGUGUGUGGGAAGCGUGUGAUGGAGUUGGGAGCGGGCGGCGGCUUGGUCAGCAUCCUGGCUGCUCGAUUAGGUGCGCGUGUGACAGUGACAGAUCUCCCUGAGGUUCUCCCCCACACUGUGAGGAACAUUGACUCUAACACGCCGCUGACCGGUUGGCCCGCCGGACCCCCCACCGUACUGCCGCUGUUCUGGGGUCGUGAUCUCGACCGGUUCUCAUCUCAGUGGGAUCUGGUGCUUGGCUCCGACAUUGUCUACAUCCCAGAGACUUUCCCUCUGCUUCUCCACACUCUGGUCCAUCUGAGUAAAUGUGGCGCUGUGGUUUAUCUCUCAUCUAAAAUGCGCAGAGAGCACCACACACACGAGUUCUACAACACGUUGCUGCCUCAGAGGUUCCGCGUGGAACUUGUGCACAGAGACGCUCAAAAAAAUAUUAACAUUUACAGAGCCACUCUAAGCAGAACACAGGAACCCUGAGGAAGGCCUGACAUCACAGCUCUGUGUGUGUGUGUGUGUGUGUGUGUGUGUGUGUGUGUGUAAGCAGGGCUUAGCAUAUGACAUGGCAUUCAGAACUUUGUUUAACCUUCAGGAAGUGGUGUAUUGAGGUACAAAAUCAAAUUGCAAGCUUUAAGAUUCUGAAGCUUGUGGCCAGAAAAGUGUGACACUGUUUCCUGGUGUUUCUGCUGAUGUUCUGAUUUCUGUUCACAGACUCAAUCCUGUUUGUUCCGCUGCAGAGUUUCAGAUAAAGAGCUCGCUCUGAAUCACAGAUCUUUAUCAUCAGCACUGAAACUCGGUGUGUGACUCGGUACUGAGUUUAUUUUCACACACUGACGAUGUUUAUCUGAAGAAUAAAGUCCUCAGGUGUUUCUACAGAAAUUUAUCCAGAUUCUGAUUCAGUUUCUGAACUUUCUGGUUUUGUGUGAAAUUAAAGACUCUAAUGAACGAGUGGGUUUUCGCUUCUUUUUUCUGCAUUAUUUCUGGUAAAAAAUUAAACUGUCCUGAAGUAGAACGUCAUGAUUCCUGGAUGAGUUUUUGUUCCUGUGCAGGAACUGUGAAAGUUACUGAGAAUAACAACAUGAUGGAGGACUGAAACUCUUCUUCUGUUUAUAUUAUAAUUCAAAAAUCCAAACAUUUUUUUGAAAAUAAAAAAUUCUAUAAAGCAAUUCAAAGAAAUAUAUUUUGUAUAGAAUAACAUAAUAUGUGCAGUCAAGGGUAAUGUCAUUUUUUAUGCAUCU